CCCAAAAAAAAAUAAAAAAAACAAAAUAGAUAGGCAUAUAUAUAUAUAUAGCUAAAUAACAAUCAAUUCUCCUCACGGCGUCGGCGGCGGCGGGGGCGGCGGCGCGUGGGGAUCAGACGCCAUGGCGACGAUGAGGAAGCUGUGUCCGAAUCUGGACAAGGAGGAUGGUCUGGAGACGGUCCUUGAGGUCCCCCUGCCGGAGGAGAUGUUCGCCGACGCAGACAUGUCAGGCGGCGGCGGCGGCGCCGCCCACCGGUGGCAGAACCUGGCACGCGCCACCGACCGGUGGGCGGCGGUGACGUCAUCGGCGUGCAGCAGCCAGCAGCAGUUCAUGCUGCUCCUUAAACUGGUCUGCUCGCCCUUCAUCCCUUGCCGCGCCCAGCUCGACCACGCCCUCACCAUGCCCGUCAAAAACGGCUCCAUCCAAGCGUCGACGGCGAAGUACAUAGUGCAGCAGUAUAUGGCGGCGACGGGAGGCGUGGCGGCGCUGAACGGCGUGAAGAGCAUGUACGGGGUGGGGGAGGUGAAAUUGGAGGUUACGUCGCCGGAGGCCGGGAGCAAGAAGGAUGAGAUGAAGUGCUGCAGGGAAGGCGGGGGGUUUGUGGUGUGGCAGAAGAACCCGGACCUGUGGUACCUGGAGCUGGUGGUCGCCGCCAGCAAAAUCAGCGCCGGCAGCGAUGGCAACAUCUCCUGGAGUCAGUCCUCUCUCAACUCCAAUGCUUCCAAAGGCCCUCCGCGACCCCUCCGACGAUUCUUUCAGGGUCUAGAUCCUCGAUCAACCGCCAAUCUUUUUCUCAACACAGUAUGCAUCGGAGAAAAAAUGAUCGGGAACGAGGCCUGUUUCAUCCUAAAGCUAGAGACGAGCCCCGACAUUCUAAAGGCACACAGCACAGCCAACACAGACAUCGUUCACCACACCAUAUGGGGCUACUUUAGCCAGCGAACGGGCCUUCUUAUCCAAUUCGAGGACUCUAAGUUGAUUCGGAUGAAGACACCCGUAGUCGGAGGGGACGAUUUUGUGUACUACGAGACGAGCAUGGAAUCCGUGCUCGAAGACUACCGGUACGUCGACGGUAUCAACAUUGCGCAUCGAGGAAGGACUAAUGGGACACUGUUUAGGUACGGUAAUAAUUUCAAGAGAAAGUGGACAUUAGAGGAGACGUGGAGAAUUGAAGAGGUGGGCUUUAAUGUCGUCGGCCUAUCUGAUGAUUAUUUCAUGCCGCCAGUAGAUUGUCGGAAGAAAAGCGGAUUAGAUAGUCGAAAUGAUGAUAAUGGGAUUUGAAAAGAUUGGUUGGAUUUUGGUUUUUUUGUUGUUGUGCAAAAUAUGUUGUUGUAUUUUGCCUAGUUGUUACUUAGAUAUGCUUAUCUAUGUUUUGAAAUUCAUGGCAUUGUACAUUUCAUUAUAAGGAUAGUCUUGUUUUAUUAUUUUCUGAAAUAUAUUUGUAUAAUCAACUAUUUAUUA